AUGGCCCCCAUCAAGAAGUCUAAGAAGAACGCCGAGUCCAUCAACUCCCGUCUCGCCCUCGUCGUCAAGUCCGGAAAGUACACCCUCGGUUACUCCUCCACCUUGAAGCAGCUCCGCUCCGGCAAGUCCAAGCUCAUCAUCAUCGCCGCCAACUGCCCUCCUCUCCGCAAGUCUGAGAUCGAGUACUACGCCAUGUUGGCUAAGACCAAUGUUCACCACUACUCUGGUAACAACAUUGAUCUUGGAACUGCUUGUGGUAAGCUUUUCCGUGUUGGUGUCAUGUCUAUCCAGGAUGCUGGUGACUCUGACAUCUUGGCUUCUCAAGCCGCUUAA